AUGACUUUAUUAACUGUUGCUGUUGGUGAAGCCAAACCAGGUGAAACCGCACCAAGAAGAAGAGCUGCUCAAAAAGAAGCAUCUCUUGACCGUCCAACUGAUUGUAAGGGAACCACCAUCCCCGAGUUUAUUGAAGAAUGUUUCAAGAGAAACGGUAACAAAAAUGCCAUGGGAUGGAGAGAAAUGAAGGAAAUUUACGUUGAAACUAAGGAGAUUACUAAAAACAUUGACGGUGAAACUAAGAAGAUUUCCAAAGAUUGGACUUAUUAUGAGAUGGGUCCCUACCAAUACAUCAAAUAUCCAGAAUUGUUGACCUUGAUCAAAAACUACUCCAAGGGUUUACUUGAAUUGGGAUUAAAACCAAAUCAAGAAUCAAAAUUGAUGGUUUAUGCUUCGACUUCACAAAAAUGGUUACAAACAUUUUUAGCAUCAACUUUUCAAAAUUUACCAAUUGUAACUGCUUACGAUACUCUUGGUGAACUGGGUUUAACUCAUUCUUUGGUGCAAACUGACGCUGAUGCAGUCUUCACUGAUAAUGCACUUUUGAAAACCUUGAUUAACCCAUUGAAACAAGCUAAAAAUAUCAAAUACAUUAUCCAUUCAGAACCAAUUGAUCCAAAAGAUACCAGAAAAAAGGGUUUGCUUUACAAAGAAGCCCAAGAAGCUAAAGAAGGAUUAUUAAAAGUUAACCCAAAUUUGAAAUUCAUUUCCUAUUCUGAUGUUAUCGACUUGGGAGCUAAAUCAAAUCAAGAAUUGCACUUACCAAAAGCUCAAGAUUUGGCUUGCAUUAUGUAUACUUCAGGUUCAACUGGUGCCCCUAAGGGUGUUUCCAUCACCAACGCCAACAUUUUGGCUGCAGUUGCUGGUAUUUCCACCAAUGCUGGUAGGGAUGUAGUGGGUGAAGGUGAUUCGGUUAUUGCAUUUUUACCAUUGGCUCAUAUUUUUGAAUUGGUUGUUGAAUGUCUUACAUUGUGGUGGGGGGUACCAUUGGGAUAUGCCAAUGUUAAGACUUUAACAGAAACUUCAUGCAGAAACUGUCAACCUGAUUUGGCUGAAUUUAAACCAACUAUUAUGGUUGGUGUUGCUGCAGUUUGGGAAUCUGUUCGUAAGGGGGUUUUGGCCAAGCUUAAUAAAGCUCCAUUUAUUUCUCAAAAAUUAUUUUGGGCUGCAUUCAACUAUAAGGUAUCCAUGAAUAAAUUACAUGCACCUGGAGCUUCCAUUUUCAACUUUAUAUUCAAAAAGGUCAGAGAAGCCACUGGUGGCCGUGUUAGAUACACCAUGAACGGUGGAUCACCAAUUUCCAUUGACGCACAAACGUUUGUUUCAACAUUGAUUGCGCCUAUGUUGUUGGGUUAUGGUUUAACUGAAACUUGUGCCAUGGGUAAUCUUGUUGAACCAAAAAACUUUGAAUUGGGUACUUUGGGAUCCUUGGUUGGUUCAGUCACUGUUAAGUUGAUUGAUGUUGAAGAUGCUGGAUAUUUUGCCAAGAACAACCAAGGUGAAAUUUUAAUCAAAGGAGGACCCGUGGUUAAAGAGUAUUAUAAAAAUGAAAAAGAGACGAAAGAAGCAUUUACUGAAGAUGGAUGGUUCAAAACUGGUGAUAUUGGUGAGUGGCAAGCUGAUGGUGGAUUAAAAAUCAUUGAUCGUAAAAAGAAUCUCGUCAAGACUUUGAAUGGUGAAUAUAUUGCCUUAGAGAAAUUGGAAUCCGUAUACAGAUCAAACCCACUAGUUAUGAAUUUAUGUGCUUAUGCUGAUCAAACAAAAGUUAAACCAAUUGCCAUUGUUGUACCACAAGAAAACUUUUUACAACAAUUGAAAUUCGAUUCCAACACCGCAUACGAUGAUCCUAAGUUGGUUUCUAAAUUUGUUGCUAGUUUGAAUGCUACGGGUAAAUCUCAAGGUUUGAAUGGUAUUGAAUUACUACAAGGUAUUGUUUUGGUUCACGAUGAAUGGACCCCUGAAAAUGGAUUUGUUUCAUCAGCUCAAAAGUUGCAAAGAAAGAAGAUUUUAAAAACUUAUGAAAAUGAAGUUAAGAAAGCUUAUGGUGAUUCAUAA